AUGUUGAGCUACGCUGCUCUCGUGGCCACUUGGCUGGCUUGUCCUGCAUCAGCCAGCUAUGCCUUCUACGUCGGCAAGAACCUCACCCAAGACGGCAGCGUUAUAGUAGGAGGCACAGGCGAAGAAGUCUCCAGUCAUUGGCUUCAACUCUUCCCAGCUCGAGACCAUCCUCCUAACUCGACUAUCACCGUCGGCGUCACCAAAGAUGCUACUUUUCCCGGCGAGCUUUUCCAAAUUCCUCAAGUGAACCACACAUUCCGGUACAUGAGCAUGCAAUACUCUGAUUUCGAAGGGUUUCCUGCUCCGUUGACGAAUGGUGGUUUGAAUGAGAAGGGUGUCACGGUUCGUGAUGUUUGGGCGGACAAUCGUGAUGAGCUUCUUGAGAUGACGCCGAACCCGCAGACGGGUGUGCAAUACAGUGAUUUUGCGCGCAUUGUUAUGGAAAGGGCCAGCUCUGCUCGUGAGGGCGUUGAAAUCAUUGGAGAUUUGAUGGCCAAGUAUGGUGAAGCUACCUACGGAGGCAACUCUCAUCUUAUCGCUGAUAAGGAUGAGGGAUGGGUCGUCUGGGAAAUGGCUGGUGGUCAGAAGCUUUGGGCUGCUCAACGUCUUGGACCGAACGACGUCAAGGUUCUUUACCCCGGAUAUAUCGAGGACUUUCCCACCGAUUUCAAAGACGACCCUGACUAUGCUGGCUCGGACAAUAUUGUUUCGUUCGCCGUCGAGCAGGGCUGGUGGAACGAGACUUCUGGCAAACCUUUCAACAUCUUCGACGUCUACGGCCCCCAAGACCCUCGAUACAAGGCCCGUGAUGGAGGAUACAAGUUCAUGUCACAGGCCGCUUUGGAGAACGCCACACUCGAGAUGGUCCCUCUUACAGAAGCCAAAAUGAUGGAGCGAGUUCGCGAUCCUCGAAUUGCUGACGAUGAGGCUGGAUACGGGCAAGUCGUUAGUCUCCAUGAUGGAAUUGACCGAGAUAUGCUCCGAAUCUGGAACGCCCCAGCAACCUCCGUCGCCGCUCCCUUCGUUCCCUGGUGGCUCGGCGUUCAAUCCAUCCCACCCGAGUUCAGCGAACACCGCUACCUAACAACCGGCGCAUCGAGCAGUUUCCUCAACCCAGACUAUCAACUCCAAGAAGCUUCCGAAUUCGCCGGCCGUAUUUUCAAGCGCGUCCUAUACUACAUGUGUUCCGAGCCCAACAAGUACCAUCCCAUCGUCACAGAGAUGUACGAAAAGUUCGAAGCUGCAUCUCGUGUUCAGAUUGAAAAUUGGGUUGAAAAGACAGCUUCUACCAUGAUCAAACAGGGCGAACGCGAGGCGGCACAGAGUUUGUUGACCUAUUAUUCUCACACUAGGGCUACGGAGGCGUUGGAGAUUGGUCAUACUUUGAAUAAUGCUAUGGAUGGGUAUAUCAAGUUGACGGGAAUGUGGCGUGGACCGAAGGGGGAUCAGAUUAAUGAUAAUGGCGAGGGGAAUGAAACUGUCAAUUGUCUUGUUGGGUUUGAUCCUGACAAGCCGAGAUACUUGCAGGGGAACUCAUGA